GCACACAGACGAGCAGGAACGGCUGAACAAAGAACAUUUCUGCUGUUAAACAUUUGACUUUCACAGCUCAGAAUGGAACGUGGAUUGAUCCUGUUGGUUGCAGCUCUGGUCGUCUAUGUCUCACCGAGUGUCGACGGAACGGCUCAUUUGUCAUUUUCCAAUGAUACACAGGUGAACAUCACUCGAACCGGUUGUGGAGUCAACAAACUGUGUGUAGAGACACCAAAAGAUUGCGAUCCCACUGGAAAAAGCAGCUGUCUGUUUGCAUCCGUGGUUACCAGCGACCCAAUGCCUCCCAACGGCACCGAACUGUCCAUCGAACUCAGAGGAGACUCCAGCGGAUACAUCGCACUGGGCCUCACUGCAAAUGCCACAGAGGGUACCACCAUGCUCUUUAUUUGCGCUCAAAACAACUCAGACAGUGGGAGGUUCUUCUUCAGGACAAUGCAGAGAAAUAACACUGACGAUGCGCUCACUGCAACUGAGACGACUGUAAAAGAAAUCCGUGGCAUGGUUAAUGGAAGUGUGAUCAAGUGCGAGUUCAAGGUCCCAAACGUGAACGCCUCCAACACCAAAAGCAGCCAUGCCAUCACCUUCUCCGUCCUCCUCGGGACCGGGCCUGUUGUCGGGAAUGUUCCCGGUAAGUUCAACGUCUCACUGGACAGCGGCCCUCUGGCCCUCUCCAACCCGGCCAGCAACAUCCCCACAACAGCAGCGCCCUCCGUCAACACAACAAUGCCCUCCGUCAACACAACAAUGCCCAACAGCGCUGGAGCUGUCCAGCCUCACGCUGUUCUGCUCCUGCUGAGCGUCCUCACUCUGUCAGUCAUGCUGAGAGCCUGAGAGAAGGAAGUUAAGGCUCGUUGGAUACAAUGAAGACAGAACAAAAGUGUCAAGCUAUGUAAAAAGUGUUUUUACAGAACUUAUUUAGACAUGCUUCCACUAUCUUUUGCACUAUGUUUAUACUUUAAGCUGAAACUCACUUCUUGUUGAUUGAGUUACUAUAUAAUGAUACAUUUUCUGCAUAUAUAUAUAUUAAAGUUCUUGCAUUUGUGUAAACUUUUCUUCCUAAACUUGCCCAUCUGGCACCAAAAGCUAUUUCUUCAAAAUGCAAUAUGAAAAACUUUGGUCUGACGAGUUUGAGCGGUUUCUUGUAUCCUUUAUGGGAAACCCAACCAAAGAGUGGUUUUUAUGUUUUGUUCUUAAAAUGUGCAAUGUACUGUGACUGUAAAAUAUCUGUUCAUGGGACAACGAAAAAAUGUAAUCUGAUCUAAAUUAAUAAUAAAGUAAAAACGAUAGUUU